CCGCCGCGGCUCGCGGGCCUUGGGCUUCCCUUGAAGCAUGAGCCUUCUCGCCCGCCGCCACUGGCACUGCGCGGGCCGCGGACAGUGCGCGCCGGGGUCCCGGGCGCACAGCCUCAGGAUCCCCGUAGCAUACAGCUGGGGCGCCGGAGGAGCUCGGGCAGGGGCCCGCGGCAGGCAAACUGUGCGUGACCGCGCCUGCGGGGGAUUUUGCCAUCCGUGCACCGGGACCCGGGGAGGAAGAACCAGCGGCUCCCCAUUACCUCCCCCUCCAUUUCCAUUUCGCGGACCCCUCAGGGACUCGUUUUGGGGUUCCCACUGACUUCUAAGAAGGACGCGUGCCCCUCUCUGACCCCAGCUCGGGCGGCCACCUGUCUUUGCCGCGGUGACCCUUCUCCCAUGACCCUGCGGUGCCUCGAGCCCUCCGGGAAUGGCGCGGAAGGGACGCAGAGCCAUUGGGGGACCUCGGGGUCGGCGGAGGAGCCGUCCCCGGAGGCGGCGCGUCUGGCGAAGGCCCUGCGGGAACUUAGUGACACAGGUUGGUACUGGGGAAGUAUGACUGUUAAUGAAGCCAAAGAGAAAUUAAAAGAGGCACCAGAAGGAACUUUCUUGAUUAGAGAUAGUUCGCAUUCAGACUACCUACUAACAAUAUCUGUUAAAACAUCAGCUGGACCAACUAAUCUUCGCAUCGAAUACCAAGAUGGGAAAUUUAGAUUGGACUCUAUCAUAUGUGUCAAGUCCAAGCUUAAACAAUUUGACAGUGUGGUUCAUCUGAUCGACUACUAUGUUCAGAUGUGCAAGGAUAAGCGGACGGGCCCAGAAGCCCCCCGGAACGGCACUGUUCACCUUUAUCUGACCAAACCGCUCUACACAUCAGCACCACCUCUGCAGCAUCUCUGUAGACUCACCAUUAACAAAUGUACCGGUACCAUCUGGGGACUGCCUUUACCAACAAGACGAAAAGAUUACUUGGAAGAAUAUAAAUUCCAGGUAUAAGUGUUUCUCUUUUU